UAGACAAUUAAAUCGAUAUCGAUUUGAACUGUGGCAAAGAAAACUGAACUCAAACACAAUUUACCAUAGAGAACCAACGGUUCUACUCAUGUUCUACUGCUAAUGACGUCAUCAGUUUAUGUUUAGCGUGAUAGCGAGAGCUUACUGGCAGUUACGAAAUUUACGAAUUUCAACGUUACGGGUUCGUUUUAUAUACAAUACAUUAUUUGUAUUAAAUUUUUUAUAGUUAAGUAACACUAUACAAUUAUAAAUAUCUCAUUGUUAAAGUGAUUUAUAAACUCAGUGUUGUUGAAAGUCAACAAGGUGUUGUUACGUUACUUUUGGCGGCAUCACCGAAGCCACCGAAAUAGAUUUCCUUGUGCAAUAUCAGCGCGUAUCAGUGAUCGAUGAACUAAUCUGCAUAUGGACCGGUUCGCACAAAUAGGUCACGGUUUGUGAAGAUGUCGAAAAGGUGAUAUCGUGAAAUUUUGUGUCACACGUUUAUCAGAGAUGGAGGGCUCAACCGUUAGUGGAUUGCGGUCAAGGUCGCGGUCGAAAACUCCCUUCCUGCGAUCGAGCUGCGACCAUGAGCACUGCACGGAGACGGAGGAGCACACACACAAGUCAGGGCGGAAAACACCCAUCAAAAGAAGCACCCCUGUCAAGCAACAGCAACAAACCACAACCAGGUCAAAAACAACAACAACAACAGAAGUGAUAAGAGAGGAAUCAGAAGAGCUGGUCUCUCCGCCCACCACCCGGACCAGGCAGUCCUUGAAGGCUGCUGCUGACCUGGUCAAAAGCUCAGACUACUCCUCCGAAGAGAGCCUGGACAGGCUCCAGGGGCACAGGAAGGAAAUAUUCGAGAACGAGGUGAACAGCCAAUAUGAACGAGUGUCCACCACCAGCCGGUACCAGACGCUGGCGGACCUCACGCUCAGUCCCAUCCACGCCGCCAAUGUCACCGCCGACCGAUCAACGCGUUUCAGCAGCCCGGCGCACAGCGCGUGUUCCACGGACAGCUCGUUCGCCGAGCAGGCCCUAGCAGACGCCACCUGCCUCCUGGACCGCGACCCAAACCGCGAGCACCUGCCCUACCGCCUGUACAAGAUGGCCGGCGAGUACUGGAAUAAAUAUCCCAAGACGGACUACACCUACUCCCCGCUCUCCAAGGACCGCGUGGAACUGGCGCCGGGGCAAGUGGCCGUCCCCAACAUGUCGCGGCGGUCGCUGUCGCAGUUCCGCGUGCAGGGGCCCAACACCAGCGCCGACGAGGUGGACGUGGCGGCCUGGACCAGCAGCUGCAGGAAGAGAUACACCUCAAUAGAGAGCUCGGACGACGAGUCGUACUACCGCGGCAACGGCGGCUACGCCCCCGCGGAGCAGCGCUGGUGGCUGACCCGCCUGCUCGUGGCCGUCGUCACCACCCUCACCACCCUCACCACCGACACCUACCGCCGCGUGGUCGGCCCGCCGCACCGCUACCCGUACACGGAGAGGAGACCGCAGCAAGCCGGCAUAGUGUCCCGGAGCGCGGCCGCGGUCGCGGCGCCCUUCUACUGGAUCUACAGCGCCAUCAGCAGCGUGCUCACCACCACCGUCACCACCGUCACGGAGACCUUAUCUCCCGGCGCCGCGGCCGCGAGCGGCAGCAAGCGCAGCGCGCGCCGCGCGGCCGCGGAGAAGCGCUGCUGGUGGCCGUGGCUGCUGCUCCUGUUGCUUCCUCUGCUUGGAUAUGGAUGUUACAAUUAUUCGGACUAUAUGCCUCAAGAAAUUAAAGACACGUACAAACCUCCCGUCAUAGUCCAAGACGCAGACUUGACGAGAAGAGUCGCCGCUCUAGAGGACUGGGCGCUCAACGUCGACGGCAGACUUCAAUACUUCGACCAAAAACUAUCCAAGUUCGAUAACCUCGAGCAACAAAUUGAACAAUACUCUAUAAAAUAUCUACAAAACAAUCUAGUCCAAAUAAUCAACGCCGACGGCAACAGCGAAGCCGUCGCUGCCAAAUUAAAGAAUUACUUCGAUAAGCAUUACAUCACCAAAGAACAGAUGCAGAAAAUGAGCAUAGAGAUACACGAGCGACUGAUAUCUUCAUGGAAACCUGAGAUGGACGAGGAUAAGAUAAGAUCGUUAAUACAAGAGUACCUAGCAGUGUUUGAGAGGCGGCAGAUGGAGGUGAUCGUGGAGAGGUUCAAGGAGUACGUGAAGGAGGUGGAGGUGAGGAGGGAGGGCGGGGGAGGGGAGUUCGACGCGGAGGCCGUGAGGAGGAUCGUGGCCGGGAUGCUGGACGUGUAUGACGCCGAUAAGACCGGGCUGGUGGACUACGCGCUCGAGUCCGCAGGCGGACAAGUGGUGUCCACAAAGUGCACGGAGCUGUACCAGAUCAAGACGAAGCAGUACUCGGUGCUGGGCCUGCCGGUGUGGUGGGUGUACACGUCGCCGCGGUUCGCGCUCACCCCCGGCGCCAUGCCCGCCGAGUGCUGGGCCUUCCAGGGCUUCCCCGGCUACCUGGUGGUCCGCACGUACGCCGUGGUGGAGGUGACGGGCUUCUCCGUGGAGCACAUGUCGCGCCUGCUCGCCGUCGACGGCAAGAUCGAGUCCGCGCCCAAGAACUUCUCCGUCUACGGCCUCCACGGCGAACAAGACCCGGAGCCGCACCUGUUCGGCAACUACAUGUACGACGCUAACGGCACCGCCAUCCAGCACUUCCCCGUGCAGUUCCCCAAGGUCACCGACAUCGGCGGCGCGCCCUACCCCGUCGCCUACGACAUCGUGGAACUCAGGGUCGAGAGCAACCACGGCAACCCCACCUACACGUGCGUCUACAGGUUCAGGGUCCACGGGAACCCUCUGUCCGACAUCCGCGCCGCCACGGAGGACAGCAUACGCGAGAGCGAGACGUAGCGAUUGCUCUCACUCUGGGGCUGGAGCGAACGCAAGUGUACAAACUGACCGGAUUAAUGUUGUGUUGUGAUUCGCUAAAAACAAUCUGUUUUAGGAUGAGUGAUUUCAAGAUCAACAUGGCGAUGGGUCAAUGAACUAUGUUACGUAAAGUGAAAGUGUAGUUUGUCGUGAGUGUAAGUUUUGGUUAAAAGUCAAUUUGCCAAGUAGCUUAAAUGAUCAGAAAACCACAAGGAAGAGAUGACAAAUAUUUGCUAUGUAUGCUAAAAUAGCACUGCGCUAACCAACAAGGCGUAAUGUAAUUUAUGACCGUCAAGACAAGUCAUGUGAAAAAGAAUCUUUUUAUUAAUACCAUGACUGUAGCAAACAAGCAUACGGCCCUGAUGUUAAGCAGUCACCGUAGCUUAUGAACGCCUGCAACUCCAUAAAUGUUACAUCAUGCUUUUUUUUAUACUACGUCGGUGGCAAACAAGCAUACGGCCCGCCUGAUGGUAAGCAGUCUCCGUAGCCUAUGUACGCCUGCAACUUCAGAGGAGUUACAUGCGCGUUGCCGACCCUAAACCCGCCCCCCUCGUUGAGCUCUGGCAACCUUACUCACCGGCAGAAACACAACACUAUGAGUAGGGUCUAGUGUUAUUUGGAGGUACUUCCCCAGUUGGGCUCUGCUCUAGAUCUGGAAUGACAUCCGCUGUGCUGUGCCCUACCACACAAAGCGAUUCACAAUGCCCAUACCUCUCUUUUGGACGUAGUUUAAGGACGUACCCGGGUACGCUUAUCUAUUUUAUUUAUUUGACAGUUUGACCUAAGACUUACACUUAGACAAGUUAGACAUUUUAGGUCGUUCGAUCGUCAAGGAAAAAAAUGGAAGUGAAAACUGUACGAAUAUGACUAGUGAAUAGACGUAGUGUGGUAAUGUAUCCGUGUAAUUGCGCCCUAAGAAUUGUAAGGUCCAAAGUACAAAGUAUGAUUGUUAACUAUUGUGACUUAAAAUUAUGUGCUUAGUAUUAUGAGAACCUGUGACUAUGUAUUAUAAAAAAAAAUCUCGUUUUUACAAUUAGGAAUACCGCACAAUGCCGUUUUAUACGCUUAGCUCUGAAUUUGUAUGUUUAUUGGUAAGGUUUUUUUAUUUUUAAUCGUGUUUUUUAAGUUAUUGAUAAAAGAUUUUACUGUAAUUUGUAUGGUUUUAAGUGGUUAGGCUUGUAUUAGGUUAUUGAAGGAGCUAGUCCGGUUAGUUUUUAAUAGAUUUUAUGCCUUAGGGUUAAUGUUUAUGUUCAAUUGUGUCUCAAAAUUGUCUAAAUUAGCGCUAGAAUACCGCAUUUCUCAUUUGGUCUGUAGACUUAUUAACGCUUACUUCCAAUUCUUGUAAUAUCGUCGGGUGAGAAUACGUUUACCAUACGCCACUUACAUUGGUUUGCAGGAGAGGGAAGAGAAGCAAAAAAAAAUUUUUUCGAAAAGAACAUUUUAGGAAAUAUUGAACUUAUGUAUCAUUUAGGCACAUACGUUUACUAUUUAUAGUACCGUACCAAUAUUUUGAAUGUAGUGGUAAUCAUGAAAUAAAAGCAUUUUUAUUAUUGCCAUAUCCGUUUUUGAUGAGUAAAUGUACAAAAUUUUGGAUAUGGCACAGGAUAAUUUUCUGUUAACAGAGUGUAAAAUACGGAUAUCGCACAAUAUUUAUGAAAAAUAUAUAUUUCUGCGGAAAGCGCCAACUUUGCUCCCGCUGCGCUAAAUAAUAUAAUAUGCGAACCACGGGAGGAAACGUAGGACAUUCCAUCCCGCGUGUUUGCCACCCUCGCCUUCGGCUCGGGUAACAAAUUUCCUACUUUUCCUCCCUUGGGACACAAAUCACUAUUUUUUAAACCGAUUAGUGUCCAUUAUAGCAUAUUAUUUGUUAUUUUAUAGUUCGUUUUUUUCUCUUGACGUGGCUUUCUAUUUAAAAACGCUUUUUAAAAAUCAGUAACUAUUACUAUAAAAGCAAAAUAAUGCAUAUGAUCGACUGAGUGUAUGAUUUAUAAUUGUUACGUAUUUGAAGUGACUUAUUCUUAAAGUGUUUUUUAAUAAGAAGACACGUCAAAAUUGCUUACCUUUUUUCUAAUGCUGCUCAAAAAUACUUGCUUUUUACUCAAAAAUGGAUAUGGUACAAACGUAGUCUCAACAAUCUCCAUUAUAUUUUUUUUUUAUUUACACACUCCCCAAAAUAUGCCCAUGACUAGCCUUGAAGCAUUGUCAAGCACCGUCUACUGUUAGAAAGACUUGUCGUUCUAUUGACUACGUUUAAGAGAGAAUAUUUUACGGCAUUUUCCUACAAAAUCCUGUUCAUUCUAGCAAUUUAUCUCGAACUAAGAUAUAGUAGAUAUAAAUCAAUCAUGUCUAAUUAUAAACUCAAAUUAUUUAUAUAAGGUUGUUCUCGAAAGUAGGUGUAAGUUAGAAUAUCGCAUUAACAUAUUGAUAUCUAUAUAUGUAGUUGUAUGGGUGUCCGUCAUCCAGUUAAAACAAGCUUGCAAAUAUUUAUGUAUGUUAUUUAUUGCAAUGAAGUUGAUCAAAUGAUCAUUUCCUAUUAAUAUUUCCGGUCAAUUUACGUGGGUGCCUGUACUUCACUUAAAUAGAGAUGUAUGUUCCUUAUCCUCAGACGAAAAUGUGACCUCUGCUCUGGCCCUACCUGGCCUGAACCCUUUGAACGCCAAGAACCCUUAAAGGCGUCGUAAGAAAUCGUGCCCGUGGCGCCAAGAACGCUUUUAAGUCGUUUGUCAAACUAACCUUCAACGUUUCCAGUAUGGUUUAUAUUUGCCAGCUUAUGCCAGAGAUAUAGCGUGUGCAUGACGUCCUUGGGUUCAACAGAUGGCGUUCAACAGGUUAAAAUGCUUUAAAUAUCGAAACACUGACGAUUAUACCUAACACAGACCAAGUAUGUAAUAGUUAUAUGCAUGUUACCAUAAUCAUUUUGAACAAAUCCUAAAUAUCCUAAGCUAUUAGUGCAAUCUCCAUACCAAAUAUUGAAUCGAUUCUAAAUUGACCUUUUAUUAUUGGGUGCUUGUGAACGGGAAACGUGUGUUAUUGUUGUAAAUAAAAUAAAUAGCAAUGCAAAGAUAUAGUAAUUUCUAUCACCACCAUAACUGGUACAGUCAGCGUCAAAUACUUUGUAGCAACCAAAGUAGCCAAAUAGUUCGGUACACCAUAUAUUUAGUAUUGACUGCUACGAAGUAUUUGACGCUGACUGUACGUACAUGUAAGCUCAUCAAGUGCCUUACUAAUUGUUUAUGCAUCUACAAUAUCUGCAUAUAACAUGAAACUAAACGGCGUCCAAAAUUCCUAAAAGGUAGAAGUACUGGUGCUCGACCCUGCACUAGUCACCGACAUGGGCACUUUAUUUCAUGGAAAUAUAGGUUAAAUUUGAACAACGAAGAUAUUUCUGUAUUCGAACUUAAUCCUUGUCACAUUGACAAAGUUCCCAGGUCGAGUACUAGUGAAGCGUCGAGCACUAGUACUUCUACCUUAAUACUCGCAAUAUACAGAAUUGAAAACAAUUGACAAUAUUACAUAGAUACUUAGUGAUAUCAACAUGUACAGUGAAAUAGUUUUGUAAACUAACGUACUGGAGAGGCGUUUUAUGUGCACUUCAUAACUUAAUUCCAAGACAAAUUGCUAUAGCAAAAACUGGAUGCCAAUGGUUGGUGUUUUGAGCGCCAAGCUUGUCUGCUGUAAUCUGACAAAGACCUCAAUACUGCCCUCAUCCCAAUAGCGGUAUCGCAAAACAAAUACAUAUGAAAAUUUAAUAUUCAAGAUAAAGAAUUUAAGGUAUUUGUAUGCAUUCAAUUUUAGGCAGAAUAAAUCCUAUAACUUGUAGAAUGUAUAUUAAUUAUUUUGAGUAUUUCGUCUGUAAUGAUAUCUAUAGAGAACUGUACAAAAUUGUGUUCAUAAUGUUUGAUUUAGACUAACAUGUUCACCCAAUAAUGUGCAUGUAUGUCAUUGACAAAAAUAAGUUCACUGUUGGACUAAAAUAAAAUAUCGCAUGUUGACUAUAGUUAUAUUAGGUGUUAAAUAAAACGAUUUGUGUGAGAUCAGCAGCUAUUUAUAUAUUAUAAUUACUUAUAACAAUGUUUUCCUGCACAUGUAUCGCGACACCAGUUUCCUAAGAAUAAUUUACAGCUUUUAAUAACUAUUUCUCCUAAGCCGACUCUGUUUUAUUCUUUUUGAUAAUAAAUGUUUUUAAUAAAUCCUAUAAUAAUUACGUGGAAACAUUUGUGAUGUUCAGAAUAAAGUUUUAUCGAAAUGUGA